CUCUCUCACACCAAGAUGUCUUGCUACGACCUGUGCCCACCAAGAACCGGCGUUGCCGUCCCCCAGCCCAUCGCUGAGAGCUGCAACGAGCUGUGCGCCCGCCAGUGCCCCGACUCUUCAGCCUUCAUCCAGCCACCGCCUGUGGUUGUCACCUUCCCCGGCCCCAUCCUCAGCUCCUUCCCCCAGCAAGCCGUGGUGGGCUCCUCCGGAGCACCCGCCUUUGGGGGCAACCUGGGGCUGGGAGGCCUCUACGGUGCUGGGGCCACUCAGGCCUCAGGGGGCCUCUGCACCUUUGGCAGACCCUACGCUCCUGCCGCCUGCAGCCCUCUGGCUCUGCCCCGCUACAGCCAGAGGCUGUGGGACUCCUGUGGGUCCUGCUAGAGCAACUGCUAUAGCCUUCGUAACUGUCAGUAAUGUAAGUACUUAGUAGAAGCUAGUCAUGCCCAGUGUUGCAAUGAUUAAUCUUUCCUAUUAGCUCUUCUUUUUCUGGGUUUAAUUUUUUGUUUCACUCAAGUUUCACAUAUCUUUUCCCUAAUAUGCUCUUUUGUGUGUUUUCAG